AUGACCAGCUCCGCCAGGUGGCCCGUAUGGACAGGAAACGGCAGCAGAUUGGAAAUUAACGGCCAGGGAUGCAGCCAAUACUACCUGCUUGGUAUCGGCUUGGACCUGCACGAUUCGCCCACCAAGCUGCUCUGGCGGCCGGGCAAACGCGCCAUGAGCCUGCACUUGGAUUUAUGGGGAUCCGGAACUUUAAAAGUCUUCAGGAAAGCAGAUUCACAGCUUCAGUAUGACAUGACAAUUCGGCGUGCAUCUGGUGAUGCCCCCUGUGUUGUAACGAGUGCCACCCUCGAUGUAGCCCGCAUUUGCCAGCUUAAUCAAACAGGAAUACGUAGAAUUGCCAUUGUAAGCAUAGACGACGACGACGAUCCGACUCCAAGCUACUUUUCCUUUGACUGUGAGGAUGACGCAGAGAAAGAGAUUACAUGUAAAUAUAAGAUACGCAUAGAAUUAUUGACAGUACAUAGUCAUGCCUAUUCGUAUAUAUUGAAGCCUGGUGUCACUGCCAAUAUAGUUUAG